CAAAAGCAUAGUUGGCUUGUGUAAGGGACUGAAGUGGUGUUUUUUUUUACAUAAAAAAAUAUAAAUCAUGGGGUCUGUUACUUUUUAUGUGCUCUUAUUUGUUUCUCUGGUGCAGUUUCAAGUAAUACUUUGCAAGCCAUUUCUGUUCGACUUUCUAUGCGAUUUAGUUUGUGACGACGAUGACAAUAGCACUGCGUCAAAUUCAAACGAUGAUUACUUUGGAUUUGAUGACAUCUGUUCCUGUGGACCUCCGGCGCCAGCGACCACAGGGAGAAAAGGGAAACCACCUAACGUGGAUUUAAAUUUACCUGGAAUUAGUCUUCAAAUGUCCAAUACUAAUGGACAAUGGUCACUUAAUGUGAAUGCAAAUCCUUCUACUCCUGCCAAUUCGGUCAUUCCAUUACCUUCUGGAGGGUCUACUCCUGCUUUCCCAAGACCCGGUGGUACUGGGUUUCCUGGACCUGGAAUGCCUGGAACUCCUGGAGUUUCUGGAGUUCCUGGAGUUCCUGGAGUUUCUGGAGUUCCUGGAGUUCCUGGAGUUCCUGGAGUUCCUGGAGUUCCUGGAGUUCCUGGAGUUCCUGGAGCUCCCGCAGGUGUUCCAACUCAAGCAAGUGCUUCAACAGCCGCAGCAACCACUGCAGCACCAGCGUCUGCGGCACCAGCGUAAAUAAGUUCUUAAAGGUAUCAUUUAUAUUAUAAAAUCACCAAAUUACAUUUUAGGUAGACGUUUAUUAAAUUUAUUUAACUUC